AUGAUGGCGGCCGGGGCUCGGGGCAUUCUGCGGAGCUGGGUACAGCGCCUUUGCUCUUCCCGCCCAGCUCUCCGGAAGGAACUACUCCAGGACUGGACUCAGCCAGAUCCCAGUGAAGUUGACCUUGUUGGGGAAAGGCCUUGUCGUGUCAUCUCUCUCAUUCCUGGCCGUAGCAUCGUACCGAUGGAAGUGCAAGCAUGCCGUUGUACACGCCAGCAUUAAAGUUGAAGACACAAAGGAGCAAGCAGAUUAUCUUUAUGACAGUGCAGAAACUGAAAAGCUUUAUGAAUUUCUGAGCCAGUUCAAAAACAGUGAAGAUCCUGAACUUCUUUGGAGACUUGCCCGGGCCUCUCGAGACCUGGCUCAACUCAGCAAGACUGCCCCUGAUGUUAAAAAACGCCUGGUGUAUGAAUCCCGAGACUUGGCUAAGAAAGCAUUGGAACUGAACGAGUCCUGCUCACCAGCUCACAAAUGGUAUGGCAUAUGCCUCAGUGAUGUGGGGGAUUAUGAAGGCAUAAAAGUGAAAAUUGGAAAUUCAUACACCAUAAGGGACCACUUUCAGAGGGCCAUUGAGCUUAACCCAAAAGAUACCACGACCAUUCAUCUCAUGGGCCUUUGGUGUUACGGUUUUGCUGAGCUGCCCUGGUAUCAGACUAAAAUUGCUGCAGCUCUGUUUGCAUCUCCACCAUCUGCAACAUUUGAAGAGGUAACAUUGCUUAGAACAUUAACAAGGCUAGCUGAUCCAAACUUCUACAGCAAGAACCUUCUGUACCUGGGAAAAACUCUCUUACAGCUGAAGAAUAAGGAACUAGCCUUACAUUGGCUGCGUAAAGCUAGAGAUUAUCCUGUGCGAACGGAAGAAGAUAAAGAGGUAUGA